UAAGGUCAGCAGUCCCAGAGGCUACUCGGGCCCAGAGCAGACACCCUCAGCCCUCUCGGAGGCCCGCCUGGCGCCUGUGUCUCAGAGGAAAUGUCACUAGAGUUCGGACAUCUCCUGGGAUGUGCGGACUCCAGCCUCUCCCCUAGACCGCUGCAGGGGACAGCCCUGGAGGAGGCCUCCUCCCCAGCACCCCGCAAGCCCGCGUCUCUCUGGGCAGGAGCCCUGGUCCCACGGCUACCCACCCGCCUUCCUGCCCUGAACCAUCCCCGGGGCUGCAGAUCUGUGCCUCCUGGGAAGAUGCAUUUGCCCCUGAUACUGCUGGCCACAGUGGGCACCUGUCUAGGCCUGCUGAUGGCAGCUGCCACAGGCACUCACCCUGCCCAACUGGACACUCCCAGCAGGCUACCCACCCACCAGCGCCAGAAGAGACACUGGAUUUGGAACCAGAUGCACAUUGAGGAAGAGAAAAACACCUCGCUGCCCCAUCAUGUGGGCAAGAUCAUAUCGAGUGAGAACCGCAAGAACACCAAGUACGUGCUGCGAGGAGAGGCGGCAGACAAGAUCUUCCGGGUCAAUGAGGUCACGGGGGACGUGUUUGCCUUUGAGAGGCUGGACAGGGAGAAGACCUCCCAGUACCACCUCACUGCCCUCAUAGUGGACAAGAACACCAACAAGGAGCUGGAGCCUCCUUCCAACUUCCUCAUCAAAGUUUACGACGUGAAUGACAACUGGCCUGUGUUCACUCACCCGUUUUUCAACGCAUCUGUGUCCGAGAUGUCAGCUGCGGGAACCUCCGUCUUCCAACUGACAGCAGUGGAUGCAGAUGACCCCACCGUGGCAGAGCACACCACCGUCAUGUACCACAUCCUGAAGGGAGACGAAUACUUUGGCAUUUCUAACUCUGGACUCGUCUUCACCAAAGUCAACAACCUGGACCGAGAAACGCAGGCCAAGUACGAGGUCGUGGUGGAAGCCCAAGACGUCCAGGGCCUCCGAGGCGACUCCGGCACGACCACCGUGCUGAUCACCCUGGAGGACAUCAACGACAACUUCCCCAUCUUCACCCAGACCAACUACGUCUUUACGGUGCCUGAAGACAUCCGUGUGGGCAGCCCCCUGGGCUCUCUCUUUGUUGAGGACCCAGACGAACCCCAGCACCGGAUGACCAAGUACAGCAUCGUGCAGGGAGAGUUCAGGGACACCUUCACCAUCCAGACGGACCCCGCCCACAACGAGGGCAUCAUCAAGCCCACAAAGCCCCUGGACUACGAACGCAUCCAGCAAUACAGCUUCACCAUCGAGGCCACGGACCCGACCAUCAACCUCCGCUACUCAAGCAGCGUCUCCGCCAAAAACAAGGCCCGGGUCACCAUCCAUGUCACCGACGUGGACGAGCCCCCCGUCUUCCAGAAGCCCUUCUACCACUUCCAGCUGCAGGAGAACCUGAAGAAACCUCUCAUCGGCUCCGUGCAGGCCGUGGACCCCGACGCCGCGCGGAGGAGCAUUGGAUACUUCAUCCGCAGGACCAGCGACAAGGGCCAGUUCUUCCAAAUAAGCAAGCAGGGGAAUAUUUACAACGAGAAAGAAGUAGACAGAGAAGUCACUCCGUGGUAUAACCUGACUGUGGAGGCCAAGGAGCUGGAUUCCAGAGGGAACCCCACGGGCAAAGAAUCCAUCGUCCAGGUCCACAUCGAAGUUCUGGAUGUGAACGACAACCCCCCAAAGUUUGCCAAGCCCUACGAGCCCACAGUGUGCGAGAAUGCUGAGAAGGGCACGCUGGUGGUGCAAAUCUUGGCAACAGACGCGGAUAUAACGCCAAAAAAUGUGAAGUUCAAAUUCUCCCUGAACACCCAGGACAGCAACUUCACCCUCACGGAUAAUCACGAUAACACGGCCAACAUCACCGUCAAGUACGGGCAGUUUGACCGGGAGCAUACCAAGGUCCACCACCUGCCUGUGCUCAUCUCGGACAACGGGAGGCCGAGCCUCACCGGCACCAGCACGCUGACCGUGACGGUGUGCAAGUGCAACGAGCAUGGCGAGGCCACCUUCUGCAACGGGAAACUCUAUCAGGGCUACAACAUCAUCCCCGUGCUGGUCGCUAUCUUCCUCUGCAUCCUCACCAUCACAGUGAUCAUGGUGCUCCUCUUCCUGCGGCGGCGGCUCCGGAAGCAGGACCGGGCCCACGGCAAGAGCGUCCCCGAGAUCCACGAGCAGCUGGUGUCCUACGACGAGGAGGGCGGCGGCGAGAUGGACACCACGAGCAGCCGCGGCACCUGCCGCCGCCCACCCGGGGAGCUGGGGGACAUGGCCGCGGUGAUCGAGGUGAAGAAGGACGAGGCGGACCAGGACAGCAGCGGCCUGCCCUACGACACGCUGCACCUGUUCGACUACGAGGGCUCUGAGUCCAUCGCCGAGUCCCUCAGCUCCCUGGGCACCGGCUCGUCCGACUCCGACAUCGACUACGACUUCCUCAACGACUGGGGGCCCAGGUUCAAGAUGCUGGCCGAGCUGUACAGCACAGACUCCCCAGAGGAGCUGCUGUAUUAGGGGCGGGUGCCCCUGGGCCUGGGGACCCAAACCAUUGCGGCCCCAGCCAGCUGGACACCAGGCCUGACCUGGGAUGACAGCACGGACCCCCCAGGCCCAGCAGCCCUUCCUUGUGGGUCCCAGAGACCUCUCCACCCUGGGUAGCAAACUCCAGGUCCCUGAAAUGUCCAGGAACCUGUUCCCGUGGUGGCUACGCCCGAAAUGCUGGAAAAUCCAAGCUAGCGGUGCCUGGGCUCGGACAGCCACAUAACCCGGUCACCAGGACCACACGUCCAAUGCAGAGCCGUUUUCCCUAGCUCCUCAAAGAGCUGAUGCCCAGCUACCAGGGACAGGUGUUCCCCAAAGGUCCCUAAACCCCCCAGCGAGGCUGGGGAGGCCCUCGCACCUGUCUCCCUGGAGGCAAAGGGCAGGACAGGAUGACCUGUGGGUGACCCUGCCCGCAGCCCAGUCCCAAGGGAGCCCAGGGCCAUCCAUGCCACCUGCCCGGCUUCAACUUCCUCACAUCCUCCCCGCCCCCUCCCACUCCGAGGCCCCUGAAGAGAGAGGAAGGGGCCGUGGCAGCUAUCCACUGGGGUCCUCAGGGGCCCUCAUCCGCCUGCCACACCAGUUUCUGUCCUGCACUGAGCGCUGAGCCGCAGCCUGCGUCAGGGAAGUGGCUGGCUGAACUGUGAAGCAACUGUGAAUGCAUCCUGGAGGGACACGGACGAUCACGUGUGACAGACCAGGGGGUGAGGGCCACCUUCCAGAGGGGGCCUGGAGGGGCGUGACCCCAAUUGGAGACGCACUGACACGCCUCUAGUUUUGCCUGGGAAGUGGGGACAGAUGUG